AUGGAACCGAUCUUUAUACCACCAUCUAUACUCAUAAUUAAAAAUAUUAAUUAUUAUGGAAAUAAUGCUGCACUUGUUGGAAUAUUAUCUUGUAUACUGGCAAUAUUGGUUUUACUUAUUGUUCUUUAUGAUCUUAGCGAACGAUAUCAUGAACAAUCGCAAAAGAUCGACGAGAAAGGUGCCGUUUUACCAACUACAACAGCCUUAUUUAUAAAUGAGCACGCCAGAGUAAUCAACGAUCAUGUAGCUGCUAUUCACAUAUCAUUAGAUGAAGAAAAUGUUUCUAAAAAUCAUCAUAAUGAUUCUGUACCAUCACAAGAGAAAGUUGUUGUUUUAUCUACAAAACCAGCGUCAUUAGGUCGUACAAAUCCAAUUGCUAUUAGUGAGACGGAUUAG